GUAAGAAGAUAAGGCCUCCACCUUUUAAAAGAAAUGUCAUUAUCUUUAAUGUGUGGGGUGAGCUUUUCGGCUUUUCAAUUGUUGAGUGUUUAGAGAAGGCGCUUUUCCUGUAGCUUGAUUGCUCAACAGGUGUUAAAGUGCAAAAUAAAGAUGGAUACUACGAUGCUGAAUUUGCGGAAUCUGUUUGAGCAGCUUGUACGCCGGGUGGAGAUUCUCAGUGAAGGAAAUGAACUCCAGUUCAUCCAGCUAGCAAAGGACUUUGAGGAUUUCCGAAAAAGGUGGCAGAGAACAGACCACGAGCUGGGGAAAUACAAGGAUCUCUUGAUGAAAGCAGAAACUGAGCGUAGUGCUCUGGAUGUUAAGCUGAAGCACGCCCGCAAUCAAGUGGAUGUAGAGAUCAAACGGAGACAGCGAGCUGAGGCUGACUGCGAAAAGCUGGAAAGACAGAUUCAGCUGAUACGAGAGAUGCUCAUGUGUGACACAUCUGGCAGCAUUCAACUAAGCGAGGAGCAAAAAUCAGCUCUGGCUUUUCUCAACAGAGGCCAACCACCCAGCAGCAAUGCUGGGAACAAAAGACUGUCAACUAUUGAUGAAUCUGGUUCCAUUUUAUCAGAUAUCAGCUUUGACAAGACUGAUGAAUCUCUGGAUUGGGAUUCUUCUUUGGUAAAGACUUUCAAACUGAAGAAGAGAGAAAAGAGGCGUUCUAGUAGCCGACAGUUUGUUGACGGUCCCCCUGGACCUAUAAAGAAGACUCGUUCCAUUGGUUCCACAGUAGACCAGGGGAAUGAAUCCAUAGUUGCAAAAACUACAGUGACUGUUCCCAACGAUGGCGGGCCCAUCGAAGCUAUGUCCACCAUUGAGACAGUGCCAUACUGGACUAGAAGCCGGAGGAAGACAGGUGCUUUACAGCCCUGGAACAGUGACUCCACCUUGAGCAGCAAGCAGCUGGAGCCAAGAAGUGAGACAGACAAUCCCAGCACUCCACAGAGUAACGGAGGGAUGCGCCUGCAUGACUUUGUCUCUAAGACGGUUAUUAAACCUGAAUCUUGUGUUCCAUGUGGAAAGCGGAUAAAAUUUGGCAAGCUGUCUCUGAAGUGUCGAGACUGUCGUGUGGUCUCUCAUCCAGAGUGUCGGGACCGCUGCCCCCUUCCCUGCAUUCCUACCCUGAUAGGAACGCCUGUCAAGAUCGGAGAGGGAAUGCUGGCAGAUUAUGUGUCCCAGACUUCCCCAAUGAUCCCCUCCAUUGUUGUCCACUGUGUAAAUGAGAUUGAGCAGAGAGGGCUGACUGAGACAGGCCUGUAUCGGAUCUCAGGCUGUGACCGGACAGUAAAAGAGCUAAAAGAGAAAUUCCUCAGAGUGAAAUCUGUGCCCCUCCUCAGCAAAGUGGAUGACAUCCAUGCUGUCUGUAGCCUCCUGAAAGACUUCCUUCGAAACCUCAAAGAACCCCUUCUGACCUUCCGGCUAAACAAAACCUUUAUGGAAGCAGCAGAAAUCGCAGAUGAGGACAACAGCAUAGCUGCCAUGUACCAGGCUGUUGGUGAACUGCCGCAGGCCAACAGAGACACAUUAGCUUUCCUCAUGAUUCACCUGCAGAGAGUGGCUCAGAGCCCAAGCACUAAAAUGGACAUUGCCAAUCUGGCUAAAGUUUUUGGUCCUACAAUAGUUGCCCAUGCUGUGCCCAAUCCAGAUCCAAUGAUAAUGUUACAGGACAUCAGGCGUCAGCCCAAGGUAGUGGAACGCCUGCUCUCACUGCCCCUGGAAUACUGGAGUCAGUUCAUGAUGGUGGAACAAGAGAACAUUGACCCCAUGCAUGUCAUUGAAAACUCAAAUGCCUUUUCUACGCCACAGACACCAGAUAUUAAAGUGAGUUUACUGGGCCCUGUGACCACUCCUGAGCAUCAGCUUCUCAAGACUCCUUCAUCUAGCUCCCUGUCGCAGAGAGUCCGCUCCACCCUCACCAAGAACACUCCCAGAUUUGGGAGCAAGAGCAAGUCUGCCACAAACCUAGGACGACAAGGCAACUUUUUUGCCUCUCCAAUGCUCAAGUGAAGUCACGUCUCCAGUUACUUCCUGGCGUUUACUGACGGCAAGGAAGGGCACCUGUACUCUCUGCUCGGCAGCCUCCUGUACUCAUUACUACUUUUAGCAUUCUCCAGGCUUUUAAUCAAGUUUAAUUGUGCAUGGGGGUUUUAUUAAAACUAUAUAUAUCUCUC